AUGGAAGAGCUGGCCACCCAGGUACCCGAGGAUGCAAGAGAAUCAGCUCUUGUCAUCCCCGAAUGCUUCUCAGCGCCAGGCCUCCCUUCUAGCCAUAUCAAAUGCCUAAAAACCGAGUCGGCCCAAAGGGAUCACCCAACUUCCACGGGCGUGGGCACACUCUGUCAGACUGUGUCCCAUACGAUCAUGACAGCAGUGUCUGGAUCGAUGUCCACAAGCAAACGUGGUUCUGCAACAGAGGGCAAUUUCAUCCGUCAGGAUAACAUUGAUUCGUCACAUAGCUUGUGCUUGAAAUCGCAAUCAGCCGAGGUACGUUCCGUCCUAUCAGCUCUGGGCGCCAAGGGCCAUCUUCCAAAGCAAACAAUCUCUUCGAUUGCACUUACUAUUCUUCGUGAUGGUGCAUUUAAUCAGGAGACCGAAGCAAGGGGAGACGUCAAAACCUUUCAACUAAAUAAUAAUGAACAUAUCGCAAAAACACCGCCCGGAAAGAUCUCAUUACAAACGAUGCCUGCGGGUGUGGAGGUCACUAGAACGGAACAAGGGCUUGAGAGCAGCCCGCUGGUUAUUGCAGACAAUUCAUUGGUGGAGCCUGAGAUCGGUGUCUCGAGCACACCUCCAUUACGGAGGAGAGAACCGACACUAGCCUCGCCCGUGCAACUUGGAGCGGAAGCAAAUGUUCAAUCCGCCCCCGACGAGUCCUAUGAAACUUAG